AUGGAAUUCAUUAAAAACCAGAAAUGUGCGUGGCCAAGAGGGCGUGUCCUCGGUGGUACAAGUUCAAUAGACUACAUGCAGUACAUAAGAGGAAGCCGACAUGACUAUGAUAACUGGGCCAGAGAGGGUGCUGAUGGAUGGAGUUAUAAGGACGUACUGCCGUAUUUUAUCAAGUCUGAGGAUAUGCAAAUACCAAGUCUGCGAUAUUCACAGUAUCAUGGAAUUGGCGGUCCUCUAACUAUAAAUAAAGGAACAGCCACAUGUCUCAGCGACAAUGUGUAUAGAAGGGGAAUGGAGGAAAUUGGAUACAGAGUGGUAGACUGUAAUGGAAGGACGCAAAUAGGCUAUUGCCCUGGACAAGAGACUGUGAGAAACGGAGAAAGAUGGAGUACAGCCAAGGCCUUCCUAAGACCUGCCAUGAACCGUCCGAAUCUUCACGUGGUAACAAACGCAUAUGUUACAAAGAUAUUAGUUGAAAAAAGGACGGCAGUGGGAAUAUCCAUGGUGAAAAACUAUGAAAAAUACAAUAUUAAAGCAGAGAAAGAAGUCAUCAUUUCUGCUGGAUCCAUAAACUCACCCAAAAUUCUGAUGUUGUCUGGAAUCGGACCUGUGGAGCAUCUGGAUUCAUUGGGAAUCCCAGUGGUUGCCGAUCUGCCUGUCGGAGAAAACUUAGAAGAUCACAUUAAUGUACAUCUAUCCUUCAGAGACAACACAAGUUCAGCGUACAUGUACAACCAGUCACCAUUUCAUUCAUUUGAAUACGGCUUAUCAAAAUCAGGUCCUUUGAGCAAAACACACCAAGAGGGAAAUGCAUUUCUCAAUGAUGAUGACAACUUGAUUCCAUACUUACAACUUUCAUUUAUCAGUGUUUCAGGAAUUUCUCCUUUUAUCGAUGAGCUAACUGAAAUGUUCAAGCAGAGUGGCAGCAACACACCACAUGGCUCAUUUCUGGUACAAUGUAUACUUCUUCAUCCCAAAAGUAGAGGGAGGAUUCAACUUCAGAGUAGUGAUCCGUUUGAUCCGCUCCGUAUAGACCCCAAUUACUUAGAUCAUCCAUAUGAUAUGAAAAUGCUAUUGAAAGGAAUAAGGCAGUUAUUAAGGUUAGCCAAUACAACAGCAUUCAGAUCCGUUGGAGCAUCACCAUUAGACCCCUAUGACGAAAACUAUUUCCUUUACUGUAAACAUUUUCCAUACCAAUCAGACGAUUACUGGAGAUGUAGAGUAGCACUCAACUUUUUAACUAUGCAUCACACAACCUCCACGUGUAGAAUGGGGGCAGCUAACGAUAAAACAGCUGUUGUGGAUCCACAACUAAGAGUAAAGGGAGUAAGCAACCUGAGGGUAGUUGACGCUUCCGUCAUGCGCCAUGUUACGUCUGGAAAUACAAACGCUCCAACGAUCAUGAUUGCAGAGAAAGCCGCAGACAUGAUUCGGGGAAUUGAUAAUGUGAAACCAAUUCGGAAAAGACUGCAGAAUUAUAGAACGUUAUUAAGAGAGAGGAAAAAAGGAUAAUCUUCGAAAUAUUCAAAAUUCUAGAUGUGAUUGGAUUUAUCAACAUUUGUCCACCAAUAUGAGAAGUUGCUUUUGUGAAUGACACUCUCUUGGUUAGGGAUAUAUUUUGAUUUUUAAGUGUCCAGAAUCAACGCGUUUUAGCAUAUAUAAAACAGUAAAAAAUAAUCGAAUGUAUUCGCAACAAAAAAUAUCUGCAAGCAUUUAGGAAAAAGGGGAAAGCAAAAUGGAACAGACUGACAGACAAAAAGAAAUACAAGGCAGACUAUCAG